CGCAAGCUUUUUGAUCAGAGCCAGGCCUGCUUCGUCGUCGGCGCGGCGGCAGUAUUCAUUUGUUCAGAGUGGUCGCAGAGCCAUGCUGCGACGGCAGGUUUGGGCGGCCGUGCUCCUGGCCGCGAGCUCUGGGGGUUUCAUAGGCAGCAGGCCAGCCCCCACUCGUUCGUCGCCGCGGCGCUUCGCCGAGCCGAAGCGAAAGCCCGGCCAGCGCGGCAGCGCGCGCGCCAAGGAGCGCCUGCGCAAAGCCUUGGAGAAGGAGGGCGCGCCGCCGCCGCGCAAGGACCCGCUGCCGACGACGACCACGACGACGAUCCCGUCUCGAGUAGAAUUGAGGAGACGCGCGGGCUUGCCACCCCUAGAACCCUUAUUGAGGAGAGCACCCGCAGAUCUGACGGAAGCGUCGGUACCCUCGGCACCAAACGCGUUAGAAAUCCCAGCAAGAUGGCAAAAAGUACCCGACUGCGAACGGCCCAAUAAAUGGCGCGAGCUCAUGGACGACGAGGAUUGUAAAUUUGAAAAACAACAAAAAAAACUGUUAGGGGAAGGGAAAAAAAUAAACGACCCCUACGUCGAAAUUAUUCCGCAGCUCAAGACGCUCGACGACUUUUUGAAGGCCAACGCGCAUGCGCAGUCACGGGAGAAGGCGCUCGUCGUCAAGUUUUAUAGUAGGCAGUGCCGCGCGUGUUUGAGAAUUGCGGCAAAAUACCGAAGGUUGGCUCUCGAGAAGCGCGACGAAAUUGAUUGUUAUGAGGUCGAAUCUUUAGCGUCGCGGCCGCUGGUCGACGGCCUGAACGUGACGAAGGUGCCCAGCGUGCAGAUCUACGAUCCCGACGGCGUGACGCGCCUGGCCGACGGACCGUGCAUGCCCGACGACUUCCCGCGGUGCGACCUCCGCGUUUUGAUCGUGUCCAUCGCACGAGGUCGUGGGUGGUCUCUUUGUCGGUUUUGAGGCGAAAUGCUCCGCGCAGGCUCGAGAGGAAGGUCGACGUCGUGAUACGGUCCAUGCAGAAGCGCCGGUCGGCCCACAAGGUCGUCGCGCGGAGCUACGCGGCGGAGCUGUGUCACAUGCGGUCGAAGGACUGCGCGCCGUCGCCGUCGUCCGUCUCGAGGAUGUCGGAGGAGGAGUUCGAGGCCUUCGAGGCGGCCGUCUGCGCGAUCUGCCCGCCCCAGGGGCGGUUCGGGAGCGCCCUGCGGACGAAGGAGAGCGCGGCAGCUGAUCCCGAGUGGCCGCGGCCGGUUAGCGAUGAUGACUAAUGUACAGUAUGUGUU